CAUUGUUAGGCGCAACUACCUUCAUUUUGUGAAGAAGUAUCAGAGAAGUUGGUUGAUUCAUCCUCCUCUAUUUACUCUCGAUAUAAUCUGUUAUUGUUUCUCUUCAUCGAUACACCAUGUAUAAAGUAGCCAAAGCUAGUGAAUAUCUUGCCAUUACCGGAAGUGGUAUCAGAGAUAUUAAAAUUGCCAAGAAAGGAUGGGUCUUUCCCGGCCAAUCUUGUGCUAUUAUCGAGGUCUCACCUGUCAAUUAUACGUUCCAAGUUCAAGCCAUGAGUGCCGAGAAACUCCCCUUUGUCCUCCCGGCCGUCUUCACCAUUGGCCCUCGCGUGGAUGAUGAAGAAAGCUUGCUUAAAUAUGCCAAACUUAUCGCCCCACAUGACAAGCACUCUGACCAUGUCACCGAGCUUGUUCAGGGUAUCAUUGAAGGUGAAACUAGAGUCCUUGCCGCUUCCAUGACCAUGGAACAGGUUUUUAAAGGCACCAAAGAGUUCAAGCAAGAAGUUUUUGAAAAAGUUCAACUUGAACUUAACCAGUUUGGACUUGUAAUUUACAACGCUAAUGUUAAACAACUGGUUGAUGUGCCUGGACAUGAGUACUUUUCUUAUUUGGGUCAAAAGACACAGAUGGAGGCAGCGAAUCAAGCUAAAAUCGAUGUUGCGGAGGCGAAGAUGAAAGGAGAAGUUGGAGCAAAGUUGAGACAGGGUCAGACGCUUCAAAACGCGGCGAAGAUUGAUGCAGAGACGAAGGUGAUAUCCACCCAAAGGCAAGGACAGGGGAGAAAGGAGGAGAUAAAGGUGAAGACUGAAGUUACGGUUUAUGAGAACGAAAGAGAGGCUGAGGUGGCAAAGGCUAAUGCUGAACUGGCGAAGAAGAAGGCUGCUUGGUCCAAAGAGGCCCAGGUGGCGGAGGUGGAGGCCGCCAAGGCGGUGGCCUUGAGGGACGCUGAAUUGCAAGGAGAAGUUGAAAAGAUGAAUGGCAUGACCAGAACUCAGAAACUCAAGGCUGAGUUUUUGAGUAAGGCCAGUGUUGAAUAUGAAACCAAGGUGCAAGAAGCAAACUGGGAUCUCUACAAGAAACAGAAAGCCGCUGAAGCAGCACUCUUCGAAAAAGAGAAGGAGGCAGAGGCUAAGAAAGCAAUGGCCGAGGCAGAAUUUUAUGCUCGUCAACAAGCCGCUGAUGGAGAAUUAUAUACAAAGCAAAAAGAAGCUGAAGGGCUAAUGGCAGUUGCACAAGCCCAAGGGCAUUACCUGCGCACUCUUUUAGGCGCAGUGGGGGGCAACUAUGCGGCCGUGAGGGAUUACUUGAUGAUAACUGGGGGUAUGUUUCAAGACAUUGCCAGACUUAACGCUCAAGCCGUGCAAGGAAUGCAGCCCAAAAUCAGCGUUUGGAAUAAUGGUAGCGAUGGAUCAGAGGGGGCUGCAGCUGGUGGCUCCGCCAUGAAGGAAGUUGCUGGGGUUUAUCGCAUGCUGCCACCCUUGUUCAAGACUGUUCAUGAGCAAACUGGAAUGCUCCCACCUUCUUGGAUGGGCUCUUUGCCUGACUCCACCAACCCUCCCAAUAAUUAAUUAGCUAUUAUAUAGGUUGAUUUAGUUUCCCUCUAAUAGUU